AUGCCAUCCGAUAAUCACAAAAUUGUAAUCAGAGCUGAUAAAACACCUGCAGGUCAACAUACAAGACGUUUUAAUGCACCAACUAUUGAUGAAGUUGCUAUCGUUGUAGUUGGAGAAAACUUGGAAUCCCGUGAUAUUGUUUUACAUCGUCGGAAUGAUCAAUUACAACGUGAAGAUGGCUACGAUUUCUCAAUAAAAAUGAUAAAUCCCAUUACAGGUUCUGAAACCAACAAAAAAGUCAGUUCAAUGAACUAUUAUUCAUACCGCCUAAUGAUUCGGGAAAAUGAAGAUAAUCACAUAUUGAAAUGUCGGCGAUUAUAUCACAAAUAUGUUGUUGAGAUGUAUGUUAAAUUUGAAACGGAGAGAUUAACAUUCAUCAGGUUGAAUCAAACCAAACUCCGAUCUGAAGAGUAUAUUCACCUUCGAGAUGCGAUUAAUACUGAUGGAAAUGCACAGAAUGUCGGUCGGAUGACUAUUCUUCCUUCAACAUACAUCGGAAGCCCUCGGCAUAUGCACGAAUAUGCUCAAAAUGCCAUGUCGUAUGUUCGUCAUUAUGGUACAGCAGAUUUGUUCAUCACAUUUACAUGCAAUCCGCAAUGGAUAGAAAUCAAGCAGGAGUUAUUCUCUGGGCAAUCACCAAUUGAUCGUCAUGAUAUUACAGCCAGAGUCUUUAGACAAAAGUUGAAAUCUUUAAUGGAUUUCAUCGUAAAACAUAAUGUGUUUGGUGAGACACGCUGCUGGAUGUAUUCUGUGGAGUGGCAGAAACGAGGAUUGCUACAUGCACACAUUUUGAUUUGGUUGGUUGAAAAGAUAAGGCCAAAUGAAGUUGAUGCAGUGAUAUCAGCUGAAAUCCCUAAUGUACAAGUAGAUCCUGGAUUGCAUGAGGUAGUUAUCAAAAACAUGAUACAUGGUCCCUGUGGAACUCUUAAUCAAAAUUCACCGUGUAUGAUGGAUGGUAAAUGUUCAAAACGAUAUCCACGGACAUUAAUAUCGGAAACAAUUACUGGUAAUGACGGUUAUCCAUUGUAUCGUCGCAGAUCGAAAGCAGACAAUGGAAAAUCAACAAUUGUCAAAUUAAAUCAACAAGAUAUUAAAAUAGAUAAUCGUUGGAUUGUUCCAUAUUCACCCAUUUUAUCAAAGACAUUCAAAGCACACAUCAACGUUGAAUCUUGCCAUUCAGUGAAAUCUAUUAAAUACAUUUGCAAAUAUGUAACUAAAGGGAGUGAUAUGGCUGUGAUUGGAAUUGGUGCAGAGAAUUCCAAUGAUGAAGUUACCCAAUACCAAAUGGGCCGCUAUGUCAGUAGUAAUGAAGCAGUUUGGCGAAUAUUUUCUUUUCCUAUUCAUGAGAGACACCCUUCUGUUGUUCACUUAGCUGUGCAUUUAGAAAAUGGACAAAGAGUGUAUUUUACAGCACAGAACGCAGUACAAAGAGCUGCUCAGCCACCAUCUACUACAUUAACCAGUUUUUUUGAGACAUGCCAAAACGAUGAUUUCGGACAAACAUUGCUAUAUUCUGAAAUGCCAAAAUAUUAUACCUGGAAUCAAUCCUCAAGGAGAUUUAUACGACGGAAACAAGGAAAACCAGUUCCAGGAUAUACAGAUGUAUAUUCCACCGAUGCGAUUUAUUCAGUACAUCCAAGCAAUGAUGAAUGUUUUUAUUUACGACUGCUAUUAGUCAAUGUACGUGGCCCAACAUCAUUCCAACAGUUACGAACUGUUGAUGGUGAAUUGUGUGGAUCCUACAGAGAAGCCUGUCAACGUUUGCAAUUGCUUGAAAAUGACGCUCAUUGGGAUCAAACUCUCAAUGAUGCUGUAAUAUCAUCACACGCUCAUCAAAUACGAACAUUGUUUUCUAUAAUCAUAUCUACAUGCUUUCCAUCAAACCCAAUUGAUUUGUGGAUCAAGUACAAAGAUUAUAUGUGUGAUGAUAUUUUGUAUCAAAUACGGAAUAGAAUGGGAAAUCCAAAUAUACAAAUCAGUGAAGAAAUUUACAAUGAAGCAUUGAUUUCAAUUGAGGACAUGUGCUUGAUAAUGUCAAACAAACUAUUAAUUCAAUUAGGCCUGACCGCGCCCAAUCGUCCAAUGCAUGACGCUUUUAACCAAGAGUUGCAUCUAGAAAGACUGUAUGAUCUCAACGCUUUGAAAGAAUUAAUUUAA